AUGACGCUUGAGAUGUAUGUCAUUUGGUCCAGUACAGGCCUUUUGCGGUGGGAUCAAGGGGACAAUCUCUGCUCAAUUAGUUUGCGAAUGCAUGAUACUGAGUACAUCUUCACAGCAGUAUAUCUGCAUCCGUCCCGCCUGGUGGGGGAGAGGAGGGCAGCCUAUGAAGAGAUCGAGAAGCUUCGACGGCAGUUUCCUCCCGGAAGCCAAGAAGUGUGUGCGGGCGAUUGGAAAUCCCAUACUGGAUUGGACUUUGUGGGCGACCAAGUACACACAGGUCAGCACAUGCUCCAUACGCCAACAACAAUGGGUGGUCGGGUCCACAAGGCCUGGCUACACACAACAUCACUAUGCAUGAUUGACUCUUUUCGUCCAGCCGCCCGUCGUGCGACGUGGCGACACAACGUCACAGGACAGUUGUACGAACUGGACUUUUGCUGUGUGUCGCAAGCGAUUCGUAAGCAAUUUCAGGCUACUUGCACGUUCGCCUGUUCAAUUACGGAUCACUGGGGCAAGCAAGUGGUAGUGCACCUCUCAUCCCAUGAGAAAGCUCGGCGUCGUAGCGAGCGCCGGGACCGUUUUCAGCACUAUGAGAGGUGUCGCCAGUUGGCGCAGCAGAAAGGCCAACUUCGGGUGCAAGACAUGCGUGGGCCCACGGUGGCGGCGGGGCACAGGCGUGCUGAGUUUGGCAAGCUGGUCGAGUCCGAGUUGACCGCCCUUCAGUUGCCUCUUCCUGUAGCUGAUCAUGAUGAACUGCAAAACCAAGACGUUACGGUUGAUGUGGAGAUCUACACGGAUGGUUCGUUUGGGGAGCGUGGCUCUACUGUGGCAGGAUGGGGACUCUACGUCCGGCGAGGUACUCACAGCGAGUCAUAUUAUGCUCCAGUCAAGACGGAGGCCGCGUCGUUCUUGUACCAUGGUGCAUGCGGCCACUCAAACAACGUAGGUGAGCUGGAGGCAAUUGGGAUGGCCUUCAAGUGGGCACGCAAACAUUGCGACCCAGGAAUGAAGUUGUGUGUUCUCUACGACAGCCAGUACGCGGCCAAUGCGGUGCAGCAAAAGCAGGAAGCUCGCACCAACCUUGAGCUCAUUCAGUGGGUCAUGUCAGUCUUUGGGACGAUUCAUGGAGCGCACCUUCGUGUCUACGUGGAGAAGUUGCAAGCUUGCUACAACCUCAACCGCGAGCCCUGGUUCUGGCAACCGCGAGAGGCCGUAGUCGAGCCUCCCUUGGUGGCUUGGGACCAGUUGGCACACAUUGUGGUGGGUGCCGCUGAGCGUGUGGUGGGCCGUAAGCGCCCAGCGCAGCUUGGUGCUCCGUAUAGCCAUGAGGAUUUGGAGGCCAUCCAUCAAUUGCGUGAGGAUCUUACUGCAUUGUGGAACCGGGUUCGUUUGGAGGAGGAUGAAGAGCAGCGGCGUGUACUCAAACUUUCGCACCGUCAACUGCAACGUCAGCUACAGCGAUUUCGGCGUCAGGCUCGCGGGAGGUUUGUUCAGAGCAUCUGUCGUGAAGCCGAGGAGAGCAUGCAUUCUCAUGACACUGGCAAGUUCUAUCGAACCUUAAAGAAAUUAGGCAUUCACUUGUCCGAGCACAGCAAUGAGGGCAAGGUGGAACACGGCCUUAAGGAGCUCCGAGAACAUUGUCAAAAUGUGAGUGGCAAUGUCAAGACUGUCAAGGAAGAUGUGCUCCACGAUGUUCCCUUUCGGCAGGUGGAACAAUGGCUGGGGGACACUCCGAGCAGUCAGGAAAUCCGCGUGGCCAUGUCCAAAGUUAGGGACUGUGCGUCUGGAUGGGAUGAGGUCACGGCGGGCAUGCUUCGCUGGUCGGGGCCCAUGGCCAGGCAGUGUGUCGUUUCGUUAGUGCAGUAUCUUUGGAAUGCUCCUCCUGCGCAGUGGGAACGUAGCAUCAAGACGGGCAUUGGGGUGUACAUGUACAAGAACAAAGGCAGGGAGUAUUGUGACGAGUUCAACAUGGCGGUCGGAUUUCGAGAAGGUUGUCCUAGUAGCCCUGUUUGCUUCUCUGUCUUUCACAACUUUGCCAUUCGUGGUUUUCUUCAACUUCGCAAAAAGCACGGGGAUGAAGGACUGCGCCUGAGUAUCAAGCCGGGUGGCCCCUUGAACACACGCAAGGCCCUCUCCAAAAAGCCGGAACAUGAUGAAGUCAUGCGCUUAUUGGCGGUUCUGUUUGCUGACGAUACCACGGGGCUCACAAGAUUGUCACAUUUGGACGCCUUUGAGAAAGACAUGCAGGACGCCCUGGAGUUGUAUGAGGAAAAAUUACAUCCCGGUAAAACACAUCGGCUGCGUGCAGGUCAUCUCCCUGGCCCACGCAGCAAGUUCGAUGAUGCGGUCCGCUUCCUCGGGGUUUGGUUGCAAUGGGAUGGAGGCCACGACAGAGAUACUCAUGAGCGGUUGACCGCGGCGAGUCGUGUUUGGGGCCAGCUCUCCAGGCAACUGCCGCGGCUUGGGCUUGCGGUCUGGCAGAAAGGUCAGGUGGUUAAUGCCACUGUUGUCAACUGUCUGCUGUUUGGGUGUGAGCGACGUACUUACACGAGCAAGCAGCUGUCCAAGUUUCAGAGCUUUCUCAACCGUAUUACUUUCUUGAUCUGUGGACAGAGACGACGCACAAUGUCCGAUGACCAGCUUACGCUGGCAGAUCUGAGGAAGAAAUGUGGUAUUUUGCCUGUCAGACAUGUCAUCGAAACGCGUCAGCUACAGUACUUGGGUCAUCUGGCUCGCCUACCCCCAGAGCGAUUAGAACGGCAGGCACUAUGGAGUUCGCUGUGGCCUGAAGCGGAGUGGAAGGGCAAGAAAACAGGCCCUACUCUGCGUCAGGCGUACUGGCGGCUCCUUCGACAAAUCAUGGCGUUUUCCUCGGUGCCAGCAUUUGCUUGGUCCCAGCGUUGGAUCGAUGUGGCGGCCGAGCAGGACGGAACGACGUGGAGGCGCAUGUUACGUUCUUGGGAUAAGCAGUUCCGUGCCAAUGAGAAGCAGUACGAGUGGGCCAACAAGCAUGCCACAGGGGCCGUUUUGCAACCGGACGGUUACAUGUCAGUGCUUGUGAGAAACUGCCUGAAGAGGUUCGUCGUCAAAGAGCAGUACAACGUGAGCAGCGAUGCCAAAAGCAGCAGGAAGCCCGUCAGGACUCAGAGGAAGGCGCCUUUCAUUGUCCGCAUUGUCACACGAGUUUUCCAGUGGCAAAAGCGAAGGGGAGACAUUCUGUCACAUGUCAGCAGCGCAGACAGGCAGCGGGCGUACACUGCCUCACAGAACGGUGGCAGCAACAAGAGGGCCCGAGCUCCGGAUGGGACAGCACAGAUGCCAGGCUCAAGCAGCAGCGGCGAUGCGGAGCUGAUCAAUCAGUUGCUGCGGUCUCACCUCCUUCAGGACAAUCUUGUACGCGAGGCCACCAAUGCUACCAAGCUUUGCUUGCUCGUCAAAGCACCGGAAGACCAGGAGGCGAUCAGUGGUCUCUUGGAGAGCUACCACGCCAAGCAGCGCGAAGUCCAGCUGACGCCAGAGCAACGCCGCAAGGGCGAGGCUGCCAAGCCUCACGAGUGGGGGCCUCGCAAGGUGUUCCUCUUCACAGCAGUGAUGGACCGCCUCAUGCAGCAGUACGGCGAGGGUACUCUGAAGACGACCAUGGAGUGCUUCAAGGCAAUGGACCCAGCAGAUCUAGAUUUUUCUUGGCGGACUUUGGCCCUGUCUUUGCCACGCCGAAGACAGACAGGGGAGCUCUCCCGCUCCAAGAAUCAGCAGUGGCUCUUGGAGCCGAUGAGGCAGGCCCAGACUCAGCUCACACGCGACCUUUGGGACCAGCUCAAGCAGCGUGCUCCUCAGCGUUUCUGUCGUCGCAGAGAAGAAGUUUGGUCGGCUUUUCUGGUGACUCAAGCAUUUUCCUAUCUGGCGGGGCCUCUCCUUUCUGUCAUACGCAGUUUGGCUUUCGCCUGGGUGGUGGAUGGUGCUUUGUUCUCCGAUACCACAUUUUUGGUGCACGAAUGGUGGGCAUCUGUCAUAAUCAGGGCUAACUUGACUGCAGUCGGAUGGUUGUGCAUUUGCAGAUUUUUGCGACAACAAGACGGCGUGACCGCUGGUAGCUGGGUCAACAUCCUGGCUGCCAAACGUUCCACCUGGGCAACGUUCAGCCCGUGGGCGGGGUCCGUCUUCGCUGAACACUUGCAGCGCCGCAGGUGGGCCGACCUCAUCGGCGAACACACCACCUUCAACAGCAUGUUCUUUCAGGACUCGCUCCGACGCGACGUUGACGUCCUGGGCCAACACUGUGGGGAGCGUCGUGCGGAAAGUGAGCGUGGGGACCGUCGAGGUGACCGGCGGGAAGACGACCAAGCGUCAGUCUCUGAGCGUCUCGACGUACUGGAGUCCAGACUCGAGUCCACUGCCGCCCUUGCCUCUGCCACUGCCUACCGUGUCCGUAACGAGAGCUCGCGACGUUCGUUGGUCUACUUCGUGCAGGGGGACCUCAAAGCUCGUUUGUUGCAAGUGCACACCGAGUUUCUCGACUACGUCAAAAGUGCUGUUGGCGCUGGUCCUAGCUCUGCUAACGUCCAGGAGGCUUUGUUGCCGCGGCUCGACACGGAGGGUAAAGCGUGGCCGGUAGUUUUGGUCUUCCGCAGCUCCGAGGCUGGACAAGCCACCAGGGAACACUGGCUUCUUGACCAGUUCCGGCCGUGCCUCGGCAAGGCACGAACUUGGGUACGGCCCGCGCGGUACAUGGCGGCCGGGGUUCAUCGUAAGGUCGCGGAGUUCCUGCCUCAGAAGGGUGGAGGGCGUGGGAAGGGCCGACGGUCGCCGAAGCGAGAGCCCGAAGCCCCAGAGCGAAUCGGGCGCUCCAAGGAGCCUAAACGCUGA